UUCGUGACGUAGAUGACUGCCCUUAUCAGCCCUUAUGCUGGGCUAGCAUCAUCAUAACAAUCAUAACAAUCAACUUUUUAACCUUCAAAAAUAUUAAAAAUAUUUCUUUAAAUCUGUCUUAAUUUUUCAAAUAAAUACACUCAUUUCCCAGCAAUAUGUGACGUAGUGAGAUUGGGACGUAAAAUGUAUUCAAAACAAAUGUAUUCACAAAAUAAUUAAGAACUCGAGUUUAAUUAUCUUUUUGUGGUGAUAAAAUAGAUAUGCUUGCAGUUGAAAUUUGCCAGAAUCAUUUAUUAGGAGGCGAACAAUGGAAGACGUGAACGAUAAAUUCUUUUACGUAUACAGUUCAUCUCUCGAGACAAGAAUACAAAUAAAAAUAGGAACACUCGAGGGAAAGAGGCAACGACCCGAAUAUGACAAAUUAUUGCAAGAUCCAAUGCUAAAAUAUUCAGGUUUAUAUGGAGCAAGCGGUGGUAAAGGUGAUUUAGCAGCCUCAUUACAAGUUUGGGCUGGCGGAAGAGCUCUCGCCUUACCUGUUCACACGGCCUAUAAACAUUUUACAUCUCGAUGGAAUUGGAACCAGUGGGUGACAUUGCCAAUAUCAUAUUCAGAUUUACCGCGAGACGCUCAAUUAUGUAUAACAUUGUAUGAUUGCGCUGGUCCAGGUCAACAAAUACCAGUUGGUGGAACGACAAUUUCUCUGUUCGGUAAACAUGGAGUUUUUCGUCAGGGCAUGUUGGAUUUAAAAGUUUGGCCUGGAAUUGAGGCGAAUGGUUGCGAUUUAACGGCAACGCCUGGCAAAGCUCGUGAUCAUGGUAAAGAGCAAAUGCAACGUUUAGCGAAACUCGCCAAGAAACAUCGCAAUGGACAAAUGAGUAAAAUCGAUUGGCUCGAUCGUUUAACAUUCCGUGAAAUUGAAUUGAUAAAUGAACGCGAAAAACGCGCCUCCGAAUAUUUAUAUCUAAUGGUCGAAUUUCCCGAAGUUACGAUGGAUGGUGUUACGUAUUCAAUUGUCUAUUAUGAGAAAGAUGGUGAUGAAGUGGUUCAACAUAGAUCGCAACCAGACGUCGUUACAUUGCCAGAUUAUGAAAUAUUACAAGAAAAUCUGGUGGAGGCAAAACAUCAUAAAUUGGCACGCAGUUUGCGUAGUGGUGGGAAUACGAGAGAAUUAAAACCAACGUCAAAUGUGCGCGAUGCAUUGAACACAAUAUUAUCUUAUCCGCCGACAAAGACACUAUCAACGGAGGAACAAGAUUUAAUAUGGAAAUUUCGUUUUUAUUUGUCGACGCAAAAGAAGGCAUUGACAAAAUUUGUGAAAUGUGUAAAUUGGAAAGUCGCUGGCGAGGAACGUCAGGCACUGGAGAUGCUUUCAUUGUGGGCGCCACCAGAUCCAGAGGAUGCUUUGGAACUUCUUGGACCAGCUUUUACCUAUCCCGCUGUCAGAAGAUACGCGAUAGGUCGAUUAAAUCAUGCACCCGACGAUGAUCUUAUGCUCUAUUUACUUCAACUAGUGCAGGCAUUGAAAUACGAGGAUUUCGAGAGUAUUAAGGCCGCAAGUGAGAAUCUAGUUACAGACAAGGACAUUGAGAAGAAUGAGAAAUUCGACAAAGAUCAGACAUCGUCUCACACGACACAAAUAACGACAUCGACAGAAUCGCAGUUGUCAUCGAAUCAGGAGCAGCCAAUGGAUUUGGCAUCAUUUCUGAUAACUCGAGCCUGCCAAAAUUCAAUGUUGGCAAAUUAUUUCUACUGGUAUUUGUCGAUAGAAUGUGAGGAGCAACCAGAUCCGGCAAUAACUGUCAAACAGGAUACGCGUGUUCGCGAAAUGUAUUUAACAGUAAUGACAAUGUUCUCGAAUGCACUUGCAAGGGGAAAUGCAAUUUGGCAAAAGCGACGGGCAUUUUUGAAGCGGCAAAAAAUUUUCAUCGAUCAAUUGGUAUCGCUUGUUAAGAAUGUUGCACGCGAGAGUGGUAAUCGUAAGCGUAAGACCGAUCGACUCAAGGCACUACUCGCCGAUCCCGAUCCGGCUUUUAAGAUUAAUUUCUCCAAUUUCGAACCAAUUCCAUUUCCAUUGGAUCCGGAGAUUUGUAUAAAAGGAAUUAUUCCGGAAAAGGCAAGUCUUUUUAAAUCGGCCCUAAUGCCGUCGAAAUUAACUUUCCUCACGACGGAUAACAGCGAAUAUAUUGCAAUUUUCAAGCACGGAGACGAUCUACGACAGGAUCAACUUAUUUUGCAAACAAUAGCCUUAAUGGAUAAACUGUUGAGAAGAGAGAAUUUAGACUUGAAACUAACUCCGUACAGAGUUUUAGCGACGAGCACAAGACAUGGAUUCGUGCAAUUCAUUGAGUCGACGACUGUCGCUGAAGUAUUGGCAAGUGAGGGUUCGAUAUUGAGCUUCUUUAGAAAACAUCAUCCCUCUGAAACUGGGCCUUAUGGAGUUGCUUCUGAAGUAAUGGACACAUAUGUGAGAAGCUGUGCUGGAUAUUGUAUAAUAACGUACGUGUUGGGAGUCGGUGAUAGGCACUUGGACAAUUUACUUCUAACAACUUCAGGUAAACUAUUCCACAUUGACUUCGGCUAUAUUUUAGGCAGAGAUCCAAAACCAUUUCCCCCGCCAAUGAAAUUAAGUAAAGAAAUGGUUGAGGCAAUGGGUGGCGUUAAUUCCGAUCAUUACAGUGAAUUUCGAAAACAAUGUUACACUGCAUUUUUACAUUUACGAAGACACGCGAAUCUUAUAUUGAACUUAUUUUCCUUGAUGGUCGAUGCAAGUGUACCGGAUAUUGCCUUAGAACCCGAUAAAGCCGUGAAGAAAGUUCAAGACAAAUUGAGACUUGAUCUUAGCGAUGAGGAAGCUGUACAUUAUGUACAAAAUCAACUGGAAUUUUCCGUCACUGCCGUUAUGGCAGCGCUUGUUGAACAAUUCCACAAGUUUGCACAAUACUGGCGUAAAUAAAAACAGCAAAAGAAAAAGAAAUCAAAAAGACAUUUUUUCUUCUUCUUUUUAAAGUUAUUGUUAAUAAAUUUCGUGCGAAUCGAAUUUUUUAUACUAACCAUUAUAAAUAAUGCAAGUGAGCGCAUGAAAAAAAGAACAAUUGUAAAUAGUGUAAUUUAUUGUUUAUAAAAAAAUUGUUUUCAAUAAAAUGUUUCGUAAAAAAGAAAA